AUGGAAAUGGAGGCGGGCUCCUCAGCCGCCGCCGCCACACCGCCCAUAACCUUCUCGCUGCCGGUGGACUCCGAGCACAAGGCCAUGUGCAUCAAGAUAUUCUCCUUCGGCAACCCACACAUGCGUGCCUUCCAUCUCGGAUGGAUGUCCUUCUUCACCUGCGUUGUCUCCACCUUCGCCGCCGCUCCGCUCAUCCCCAUCAUCCGCGACAACCUCAACCUCACAAAGGCCGACAUCGGCAACGCCGGGGUUGCCUCGGUCUCCGGCGCCAUCUUCUCAAGGCUGGCCAUGGGCGCCAUCUGCGACCUCCUCGGCCCAUGCUAUGGUUGUGCCUUCCUCGUCAUGCUCUCCGCACCAGCAGUGUUCUGCAUGUCCGUCAUCGACGGUCCCGGUGGAUACAUCACUAUCCGCUUCCUCAUUGGCGUCUCUCUUGCCACCUUUGUGUCAUGCCAGUACUGGAUCAGUACCAUGUUCAGUAGCAAGAUCAUCGGGAUGGUUGGCGGCUUGAUGGCGGGAUGGGGUGACAUGGGUGGUGGGGCCACACAGCUCAUCAUGCCUCUCGUCUUCGACGGCAUCUUGGCAUGUGGUGCUACACGUUUCACAGCAUGGCGCAUCGCCUAUUUCGUGCCUGGAAUGAUGUUGGUGCUGAUGGGCUUGCUUGUGCUCACGAUGGGGCAAGACCUUCCCGACGGUAACCUGAGGAGCCUUCAGAAAAAUGGUGACAUGAACAAAGACAAGUUCUCCAAGGUUCUUCGAGGCGCCGUCACCAACUACCGUACAUGGAUCUUUGUCUUCAUCUAUGGCUACUGCAUGGGCGUCGAGCUCACCACCAACAACGUGAUCGCCGAGUACUAUUACGACAGCUUCCACCUCGACCUCCGUGCCGCUGGCACCAUUGCUGCUAGCUUUGGCUUGGCAAAUAUCUUUGCAAGGCCGAUGGGAGGAUAUCUCUCCGACCUCGGCGCCCGCUACUUCGGCAUGCGUGCCCGUCUUUGGAACAUUUGGAUCCUCCAGACAGCCGGUGGAGUCUUAUGCAUUUGUCUCGGCCGCGCGUCUAGCCUCCCCACCUCCGUCACAUGCAUGGUCCUCUACUCUACCUGCGUGGAGGAUGCAUGCGGCGCGGUCUAUGGUGUCAUCCCUUUUGUCUCCCGACGCUCCCUCGGGCUCAUCUCUGGCAUGAGCGGUGCAGGAGGUAAUGUCGGUGGCGGGCUCACCCAGUUCCUCUUCUUCACGUCAUCGCAGUACACCACUAGCAAAGGACUCCAGUACAUGGGCAUCAUGAUCAUGGUUUGCACGCUUCCAGUCGCGCUCGUGCACUUCCCGCAAUGGGGCUCCAUGCUCCUCCCUCCCAGCACUGACGCCACCGAGGAGGAGUACUAUGGAGCCAAGUGGACGGAGGAGGAGAAGAGCAAGGGCCUCCACAUCGCCGGCCAAAAGUUCGCUGAGAAUAGCAUCUCUGAGCGCGGCAAACGCAAUGCCAUCCUCGCCGUACCUUCCAGCCAACCAAAUAACACGCCCCAGCACUGGAGUAAGCAAAAAAAUGACAUGGCACAACAAUUAAAGAGGAGACAGAGCACUUUGGUGACCACAGAAAGAACCAAUGCGAAGCGCGUGAACCUAGGCAAACCACUUAAAUGA